UACUGCCUUGAGUCAUGUAAUUGUCCACAGCUACCUGCAGCACAAGCAUUUGUUUCUGAUAAGCCAUCUGAAAGCUUUGGUAUGUAUAUUGUAAGAGGGGGACACGUUCUCCCCUCCCUCCUGCUGCAAAGAUGCAUUUUGAAACAGUUGACUUAUCAGUAGAGGUAAGAGGUGAAUGGCACGAGAGGGACUGCAAAGGAGUCAUUCUCAUUACAGGGGAAUAGGUGAACAUUAGUGUCUAAAAAUGUUAGCUCCCAACUGUCAGGAAUCUAUGGAAUGCAGACCUGUUAGCUGCUUUGACACGAUUUUAAGACGUGUUCGAUUUUAAGACGUGUUCGUUAAAUGAUGAUGAGCCCCUAUGCUUUCCUUCAGCCUCAUUUCAGCUCUUGCGAAAUGCAGCUAGAGAGAAGUUUGAUGCAACUCGCCUUCUCUCACAAGUUGGGUCUUGCAAAAUGGCCGCUGUAUUUGUUGUUUUUGAUUCUUGGAAAGCAAGAUGGCUGGAAUCAUUAACCCAGGUGUACCUGUGGGUAUGUGUGCAUCUGCAUACCUGAAAGGGAAGGGUGAGAGGCAGUCAGUUUCCUGGCACCUUUUGGAUCGCAUCUUCAUAGUUCUUAAGAGGUGAGUUGACCUCUGCAGCCUUACACAGGUUUGACACGUCUGCAGUGAAAAGUCCCUGCUUGGUCACCUACCCGGUUUGGCUCAUCAGUGCUUGAAAUGGAGCCUGUAACGUUCACACUGUUGUGUUAGCCAAGUCUUUUCCCUAAAUGUGAGUGUGCCGCAGGUGGUGAGACAUAGUUUGUCCCUGUAGAUUGGCUUCUGUCAUGGGCUUAUAAACAAAUAGAAUUAUUCAUCUCAAGAAUAAUGUUGCAAGUUCAGAGGAAAUAGUUCUGUAGUUGCCCUUUGCCUCAUUCUGCUCAGUCUUUGAUGCUGGGAAGAAGGACAACUUUCCACCUUCAGCCACACGUAGGCAAAUAAAUAAAUACCCCACUGGUGGAAGAUUCCAGUAGGAAUUUUUAAGUGUAUUGCUAGAGAAUUAUGCCAUGUUUUAGCUAAACGGCCUUGGAAGAUUUAGAGGCUGUUGGGAGGUGGAACAGACAUUUACUUUAGUCACUUGAGUCUUUCUGUUUGCUUAUAUAUUCAUUUAACGUGUUCAUUUUGCCUGAGUUCAUUUUGUUUGCUCCACUUCUGGUCCAUUUCCUGUCUUGCACUUUUCUCUGCUAAAUCCUGGCUGUUCUGUGCAGUGGCAUAAGACUAAUGUGUUAAAUACUUAAUACUGUUAAUUGAUUCAAUAGGAAGGGAAAAAAUGGAGAUCUGGAGAUUGCCUGAAGCUGUGGUCAGGAUCCGCUCACUGUGGCACAUUGCUGAUGAAUUGUGCCAAGGCUGCAAGGUGGGCCUGGAGACCAGGAUUGGAGGCUGUGGUCAAGACCAAAUGGUUUGCACAGGCGAUGGGCAGAACUUGGUGACAGAAGAUGUGACUGUGGUAGAGGGAGAGGUUGCCACCAUCAGUUGCAGAGUCAAGAACAGCGAUGACUCCGUGAUUCAGCUCUUGAAUCCCAACAGGCAGACCAUUUAUUUCAGAGACUUCAGACCCUUGAAGGACAGCAGGUUUCAGUUAGUGAAUUUCUCGAGCAGCGAGCUCAGAGUGUCACUGACAAACGUCUCAAUUUCGGAUGAAGGAAGAUACUUCUGCCAGCUCUACACGGACCCCCCACAAGAAUACUACAUGACCAUUACGGUGCUCGUCCCGCCACGUAACCUGAGGAUUGAAUCCCAGAAGGACACUGCAGUAGAAGGAGAAGAGAUUGAGCUGAAUUGCACGUCCAUGGCCAGCCGGCCAGCCACGAUGAUCAAAUGGUUCAAAGGCAGCAAGGAGCUAUUUGGCAAGACAGAAGUGGAGCAGUGGUCAGACAUGUACACAGUGACCAGCCAGCUCUUGCUAAAGGUCAAGCGGGAGGAUGAUGGGGUCCCAGUUGUCUGUCAGGUAGACCAUCCUGCCGUUAAAGACUUGCAGACCAAGUACUACCUUGAUGUAAUGUAUAAGCCUGAAGUACAAGUUUUGCAGAAUUCUCCUCCGCAGCCGCUAACAAGGGAAGGAGACCUGCUUGAACUUCUGUGCCAAGUCAAAGGGAAACCAGAGCCUAUUGAUGUGACGUGGUUAAGAGUCGACGAUGAGAUGCCCCAGCACGUUUUGGUGUCAGGGUCAAACCUCCACAUUGACAGCCUAAACAAAAGCGAUAAUGGCACAUACCGUUGUGAGGCUUCCAAUCAAGUGGGGACGGCCUAUUCUGAUUACACGCUUUAUGUAUACGAUCUUCCCACAACUCUCCCUCCACCCACCACCACCCCUUCCACCAUCACCACCACCACCACCACCACCAUCACCGCAGACACAACGGCGGCGGCAGAACCGGCAGUUCACGGCUUUACUCAGUUGCCCAAUACUGCCGAAGAGCUGGACUAUGGGGAUCUCUCAGAUUCUCGAGCAGGAGAAGAGAGCGCCAUCACGGCCGUGGACCAUGCGGUGAUCGGAGGAGUCGUGGCCGUGGUGGUCUUUGCGAUGCUGUGUCUCCUGAUCAUCCUGGGGCGGUACUUUGCAAGACACAAAGGUCAGUGGAAACUGAAUGCUUGUCAACAAAGGUGGGGCCAGGGCGGAAGGGGAUCUUGCCCUGCCCUGUCCUCUCUCUGCUUGUUUUAUGGGCUCUUUCAGUCAUAUUUUCA